CAAGUGCAGACGACUCAUCGGUUGAUUACCGCCAUUGUCGCAAUAUUUUGUUUUACUCAGACUAGUUGUGCUUUUAACACAAGCGCACGUAAUCCAGGUUUAAUGUGGAGUGCAGUUCGUAUCACGUGACGUCACGGUCAAGAGAUUGGUCACGCUUCGCCGACAAAAGGCCCACCAGGCAGGUCGGGAAACAUUCACUGCCGGCGAGUCAGCGAGCGACAACUGUGGCGAAUUUAGCCGCCUGGGAACAUCAACUAUUAUCAAGAAAUCACCAUGGCGGGAGAGGAUGAGGUCGAAACUACCCAGAAGAAGGACAUGUUGGCGAUGGCAAUGCUGAAGGGAACGAUGGACCUCCACGACAAAGCCGAGAAGUGUUCCUACAUCCUCAGGAUGAUUGAGAGUCGGAUAACCAGGCCGCAGUAUCGCCUCCUCCUCGCCGACCUGCACGUCAUCUACUCCGCACUGGAGGUGGAAACGGAGCAGCUCAAGGAAGACCCGAUAUAUGGCCCGAUGUACUGUCCAGACGAGCUGAAUCGAGUAGACGCUCUGGAGAAGGAUUUGCUCUACUUCUAUGGUCGUAAUUGGAGGAAGUCGAUCACACCUACCAAGGCGGCUUUGAAAUACGCUGACCACAUACACGAGAUUGGUCAGAGGCAACCCUGUCUGCUUCUUGCCCACUCCUUCGUCCGUUACCUAGGCGAUCUCUCGGGGGGACAGGUUUUGAAGUUCAAGAUGUCUCGCUGUAUGUCAAUGCCUGCUUCCGGAGAGGGGCUGUACUUCUACCAGUUUGACAAAGUUCAAAACGCCAUAAGGCUCAAGAACUACCUGAUGGGAAGGAUCAACAACCUGGAAGUGGAGCCGCAGCUCUUUGACGACCUUCUCCAAGAGGCUCGCCUAGCCUUCCAGCUUAACAUUGACGUGUUCGAAGAGCUGGAACCAAUGGCGGAGAGGAUCAACAGGCUUCGGAACCCUCCCCAGAACAUUGUACUGUUCGAGAAGAUCUGGCAAGCGUCAACUGUUGUGCUGUCGUUUGCUGUGAUGUACAAUCUGUCCAAUACACUGUCCGCCAUUGUCUGAAUGGCCAAGCGUGCUUCCAAGUUUCCAAUAUGCAGUGCCGCAGGGAAUCUUGCCGGUUUGCACUGUCUGCGAUGAACCGAUAAUAACUGAUUUGACUCGUAUCAACAUCCUCAUUAUUACCUUGACAACGUGAAGCUCGUUAUGGAUUGCACUCACAACCUCGUCUCAAAUGAAAUCACGCGAGGUCGUAAAUUGAGUCAUCUCCCCUAAAUUUGACAUACAAGUAACCCUAGAAACAACUUAAUAAUUGAAUAAUUGUGAUCUUUGACGUGUCAUAGGAAUGACUGUUCACGGUGCCUUCAUGGGUUUGUUCUUGUAGAAAAUAUUGAUUCUCAGUGCUAUGACAUUGUUCUUAUUGGUAUCAGUGUAACUGAACGAAUAUUAUAUCUCCAUUGACAUUAUUGUGCAUGUGUUUAAUUGAUGCUGUUGAUAAUAUUUCCCAUUUAACAAGGCUAUUUAUUCAGGACAGUUUAUUACAAGUACGUCGUUAUUGAAGACUAAAGUAAUGAACACACAAAAAAACAGAUCAAGAAAUAUUUUUAUGUGUGAAAUAUGACGUAAUGUCUUCACUUCAAAACAAUAGUGAUAAAUAUCUUGAUAAUGAUCUUCAAGAUGACGCGAUGAGUGAAUUGUGUUAUGUAUAUUACGUUAUUAAAUGUGUACCUGAACAUCCGGGAACUUGAGCAGCGUGUUCACAUUAUGGAGCAGUUCAAAGUUUAUCGGGGAACGGGGGCAGUUCACGGUGCAGAGUUGCGUCCCUUGGACACGCCAGGAACCCAUGGUCGUGGGUUCGAAUCCCGGUUCGCCCCGAUUAUGUUUCUAGGUUUGUCAGCACCAUACCCGUGCUCAUGGGUUUCACCGAAGUUCUUCUGAGACCCGCAUCACUUCGGGCUUUCUUCCCACAUUAAGUUGACACGCCGUGACAUGACUGGAAUACGGUUCAAACCGGCGUUAAACCUAACUCACUCACUCAAACUUUGUCAGAUACAAAUCUGAAGUUAAAUUUGGGAUGACGUAAUAUGUCUGCAAGUAACCCCACAACUUUUAGGGUGAUUUUCAAUUGAAGUCAAUAAAUAACAGUUACACUUUAUAUUGUGGGAACAGCAACUCUUUUUCAGGUAUGAGGGGUGGUCGUGUAGCCUAGUGGUUAAAACGUUCGCUCGUCACGCCGAAGACCCGGGUUCGAUUCCCGACAUGGGUACAAUGUGUGAAGCCCAUUUCUGGUGUCCCCCGCCGUGAUAUUGCUGGAAUAUUGCUAAAAGCGGCGUACAACCAUACUCACUCACUUUUCAGGUAUGAAAUCGAUUUUUUUGUAUAUCCUUGUUAAUGUUUAGAACCGCUCUUAUCGUUCACCGUCAUGGUGUGGAAUCUUGUAAUUGCUAAACAAUAUUAGAGCUUAGAGCAGUCGAUAACGACGUUGACUCAUAUUAACGACUUCGACAUCGACGUCAAUUGAUGCGCCUUGGACGAUAUGUUCACGCUGAUGCAUGGACCUUGAUAUGUGACGUACUUUUAUCACUGCCAUUCUGUUUUUAAACACGUGACCAUGCUCAUGUGUUUCAGGACUCCGCCGUUAUGGCUGAAGGGAGUGUUAAGCAGCGUAAUUCCUUCGUUGUGUUUUACACACUCAAUGACUAGCUUUGUCAGGUUCAUUCGGGACAACUCGUGUCUUUCCGGGACCUCUUGACGGCCAUCUUGUUGACUUGGUUCCUUCUCAAGAAACCAUAGAGGCAAUAAUUGACGUACAUGAUGUGAUGGCUGCUUUUACAUAAUCUUAACAGCAAUAUGACUUUCUACAAUCUUUUGGCCCUUAGAAGAAUACCUAAGUAACCCAUAAGUAAUACCUUGCAGAGGUAUUAUUUGACCGACCUACUUAUGUUCCUAAGUACAUUCUGAUUGGUACAUUGUGCUCUAACAUCUAACGUCUAAAAACGGUCUCCUUGCAGUUUACGGAAAGAGGCGAGCAGUCACGAAUGGGUCAAUUUUGACCCCUGCGAUUAUCAUUAAUUAACGGUUUGAUAGAUGGUUUGCAUUUUCAUGACUUUUGCACCAAAGAAUGUUAAAAUAAUCUUGAUGGGUUAAUUAAUAUUGUGACAGUAUUAUGAAUUUAGAAAUUCCUUUAUGUAAUUUGGAAGUGUCAGAUAAAUUAAACCAUUAACUGGA